UCUUGCUUGAUCUGUUAAGCGGUGAGGUCGACGUGGAGCUGCGUUGCGCUGUUGUUGUUAAUUGCCAAAGAAAAUACGAAAUUGUUCGCUUUGAGAUCGGAGAUCUCUCCGUUAUUUUGGGCCUCUCUUUCGAUAAGUUAAAGUCGGAAGGCCAGAAUCGGUUGAAUAUAUAUUUUUGUUGCAUUUUUUUGCUGUGCUGUGCGGUUUAUCGUCAAGAUCGGUGUUUGUCAAUUCGAAAAGAGUGCUGUGCGCCUGACAAAAUGCAAUUUAAAAGCAUUUAAGAAACGCCAAACGAAGAAUAAAUAAUAAACGGAAAACACAGAAACGGGUUCGUGUUCAGCUUUGUUCCGCAGCUUGUCUUGGAUUUUGUGAGUGAGUGGGGGACGGCGUCGAAGAAUUCCGAGCGAUGGGAAUCCAAGGCUGAUAACACUUUAAUGUAAACAUACAAACAUCCCUUAUGUGCUUAGCUGUGUGUACAUAAUAUGCAUAUUCGUGAGGCGGCGAAGAAAAGUGAGGAGAGGGCGCGAUCCGAACAUCCCAACGAGGGGGAGCGCUAUCUCUGAUAUCUGUGCCAUCAUCACUGCCAACUGUUAAGCAGGGGCUUACGCACACUCGAGGUUAACUAGAAUGGACAAGGACAUGGCUAUGGGACUGGGGCUGGACCUGGAACAAGACAUGUUGAUGGAUGCCCCAAUAACAACGCAGUCCAUCUACCCGCACUCGGCGACAUUAUUUGCGGCAAUUAGUGCCUGUGUCUUUGUGACAAUCGGCGUUCUCGGCAACCUGAUCACCCUGUUGGCGCUGCUCAAGAGCCCCACGAUACGGGAACACGCCACGACCGCCUUCGUCAUCUCGCUGAGCAUCUCCGACCUGCUCUUCUGCUCCUUCAGUCUGCCGCUGACGGCGGUGCGAUUCUUCCAGGAGAGCUGGACCUUUGGUACCACGUUGUGCAAGAUUUUUCCGGUAAUCUUUUACGGCAAUGUGGCCGUUUCCCUCCUCAGUAUGGUGGGCAUCACGCUGAACAGAUAUAUACUCAUAGCAUGCCAUAGCCGCUACUCGCAGAUAUACAAGCCCAAGUUCAUAACCCUGCAGCUGCUGUUCGUGUGGGCCGUGUCCUUUCUCUUGCUGCUGCCACCCAUUCUGGGCAUCUGGGGCGAGAUGGGUCUCGACGAGGCUACCUUCUCAUGCACGAUACUCAAGAAGGAGGGAAGAUCGAUCAAGAAGACGCUGUUCCUGCUCGGUUUCCUGCUGCCUUGCUUGGUGAUCAUUGUGUCGUACUCCUGCAUCUACAUCACGGUGCUGCAUCAGAAGAAGAAGAUACGCAACCACGACAACUUCCAGAUCGGUGCGAAUGCGGCGGGCAAGGGCUCUUCCGCCGGCGGAUCCUACAUGACCACCACGUGCACGCGAAAGGCGCGCGAGGAUAACCGCCUGACCGUGAUGAUGGUCACCAUUUUCUUGUGCUUCCUCAUCUGCUUCCUGCCGCUAAUGCUCGCCAAUGUGGUGGACGACGAGCGCAAGACCUCGUACCCCUGGCUGCACAUCAUCGCUUCGGUGAUGGCCUGGGCCUCCAGCGUUAUCAAUCCGAUCAUCUAUGCAGCCAGCAAUCGCAACUACAGAGUGGCAUAUUACAAGAUCUUUGCGCUGCUUAAGUUCUGGGGCGAGCCAUUGUCGCCCAUGCCAAGUAGAAACUAUCACCAAAGCAAGAACUCAAAGGAGCUGUCGGGCGUCAUCCGCAGCACGCCGCUUUUCCACGCAGUGCAGAAGAAUAGUAUUAACCAAAUGUGCCAAACUUAUUCAGUAUGAUCGAGAUCGCAAUCGAGUCUUUGUAUUAAUUAUCUAUCUAUUACUUCUUAAUUUAUAAAUUUACAAACGAUGUACGGCAGUGCUUACAUCAAAGACAAUCGAAUUAAAUAUAUUUACGUAGUCCAAUUGAGAA